AUGAGUGAAUCAAUCGAUAUUAACGUUUAUUCACAAACCACAAUUCCAAAUGCAAUGGCAGAAUUAAUGGAUAAUCAUAAUAAGAUGGAGCAAAUUUCAGCUUAUUGUAAAUCAUUAUAUGCCAAUGGUGAUGCAGCUCAAGCAUAUGAACAAACUCAAGGUUAUGCAAAGAAUGCAUUAUUAAAUGUAGCAUAUCAUAUUCAAACUGUUGGUACUCAUAUCACUUCCCUAUUACAAUUACAAACAAAUGAAAUGGAGAAAUUAAAUAUUGAAAUUCAAACUUUAACACAAAGAGUAAGAAUGAUUCAUGAUUCAACUGGUACAAAUGUAUUUUCAAAUCAAGAUGCAGCAAAACCAUAUAAAUCAUCAUUAAAGAAUAGAAAAGUUGAUACAGAAGCAACAAAGGCACCUGUUAAAUAUGUACAUAAACCAAUUUCUUAUGGUAUUAGUGCAUCUGAUAUUAAUCAAAAUGGAGUUCCACCACCAUUGAAUCAUUCAAAUUCAUCAGCUAAUUUAACAUCAUCAAGUGGUCAUUUGGCUGCAUCAUCAACUUCAAACUCAUCCACACCAUCCUAUCAAUCACCAUCUUAUUCAAGUCAACCAACCAUUUCAUCUGGUACACCACCACCAAUUCAAAAACAACCACCAAGAGUUGGAAAUGCUCCACCACCACCAUCAUUAUCAGUACCUGCCGCACCACCACCACCUGUAAUGAAUGUACCACCACCACCACCAACCUCACAACGUCCUUCUUCUGUAAACAAUAAUGCCCCAUCGAAUGAUUUCCCACCACCACCACCACCAUCAUCAUCAUCAUCUGGUGGAGAUUUACCACCACCACCAUCAUUUGGUUUACCACCACCACCAACUCUUGGUGAUGAUUUCCCACCUCCACCACCACCACCAGUUGGCUCAUAUGAUUUCCCACCACCACCAGCUCGUCCACAAUCUCAAUUCUAUGAUCAUAAUGAUUUCCCACCACCACCUCCACCAAUGUAA